AUGAAGAAUAAGAUAAGAUUUAGCGACGAACAAACUCGGUCGCUAGAGACGAUCUUUGAUUCUGAAACAAAAAUCGAGCCGAAGAAGAAGGUCCAGCUUGCAAGAGAGUUGGGAUUGCAGCCUCGACAGGUUGCAAUAUGGUUUCAGAAUAAGAGAGCACGGUGGAAGUCAAAGAAACUUGAGAGAAAUUACAGCGUACUCAUGGCUAAUUACAAUAAUCUUGCUUCAAGAUUCGAAGUCUUGAAGAAAGAGAAACAGUCCUUGCUUAUACAAUUAAAGAAGCUGAAGGAAGUUCAAGAAAAUGCUGGAAAUAGCAGCAAUGAUGAAGAACCAGCUAUUGCCAAUGGAGAUAAUAUCAUAAGUGAAUUUGAAGCAGCAGAACUGAAGCCAAACCUAUCAGAAAGACAUAUUUUUUCGGACGACGAAAACAGCAUGAGAUCUGCAGCAGAUUAUUUCAACAGAUUGGAUGAAGAAACUGAGCUUUUGAAGGUGGUGGAAGCUGCAGAUAGUUCAUUGACAUCUCCUGAAGAUUGGGGCCGUUUUGAUUCAAAAGAUUCUCCAACAAAUAGUUAUCAGUGGUGGGAUUUCUGGUCUUGA